AAACAAAAAGAGAGCGAGAGAGACAGACAGACAAUAGAGGAGAGGACCAGAGCAACGAGUACAGACGCUAGAUUCACAGCAACACACCGGAGAGACACAGCGGAAACACGCUCCAGCAGAGGAGCCGAAAACCAGAAGAAAGAGCAUUCUUCAUCCCACCGACAGUACCUGUUUUCUGGCUGUAGAGAUGGCUGUCACCUCUCGCCUACUGCUAUUGGUUUGCGCAUUUCUGGCGACCGCACUGAUUGGUGGAGCCCGCUCCGAGGGGGUGUGUCUUCAAGACGGCAAGCACAAGGCCACGCCCGGCCCGGAGCCACAGCUGAGGGAGUGUGGGCUGUACGCUGACAAUAGCUGCUGCACAGAAGAAGACAUCCAGGAUAUCUCCCAUGUGCCCUCUGAGAGCAAUAAGAAUGACCCCUGGGACAAGUGUGGGCCUCUGAGCUCAACGUGUGAAGGCUUCCUGAAGCGUGUGUCGUGUUUUUACCGCUGCUCCCCCGAUGCCGCGCGCUGGCCUCACCCCCACCGCCGCUCUUACAUCCAGGCCGUGCCGCUCUGCCACAGCUUCUGCCGUGAUUGGUUUGAUGCCUGCAGGACGGACAUGACGUGUGCUCGUAACUGGGCCAGAGACCCCCGGGGGCAGAACUGCACUGGGACCUGCGUCCCGUAUCAGCAGAUGUACCAGCACGGCAGGGAUCUCUGCGAAAGCUUGUGGGGCGACGCCUUCUUGACUGUGGAGGAUGAGCCGGAGGACGUGGGGGAGGCUGGAGAGGUCGGAGAGGUCGGAGAGGUCGGAGCGGGUGGAGCUGGGGGGGGCGGAGGCGUUGGCGGGGGUCGCCCCUGCGGCUGCCUGACCCUCAGUCCCUCAGACAAAGACGUGAUGGCCGCCCUCAGGGCGCAGCAGGAUGACCCAGAGGAGCUGGACACCACCAAGACGGGCCUGCCCCAGUACCGAGCCCCGUGCCAGACCAAGCUGCCCCUGCAGGCCAGGGGGGGCCGGAAGGGGAACUCUGUGCUGCGUAAGCGCUCCGUCGUCGUGGACGACGUGGAGGGCAGCGGGAGCGGCUUGUAGACACAAGUGACAGAUAAUAUAUUUAGAGGUUAUUGUCUAGAUCCUAAUCCAGUCUCUUGACAGAGUUGUGACCUCGCUGCUCUAACUAACCACACAGACCUAAACCGUCACGCUCCACAUGUAAUCUCUGUGGUGUUAAAUGAUACUAGAUAGACUCAAGAAACACCUGGGGCAGGUAUUUAAAACGUAAAUGUAAACAACCGGGAU